CUCUCUCUCUCUCUCUCUCAUUCUCAUGGCAAACACACAUAUCUUUUCUUCUUAUUUUCUGCUCUUUGUCCAAUGUAUAUUUGCCACUGGUUAUGCUGAUUUAGUGUCUACUCGGACCUUGCCUGCUAUAUUCAUUUUUGGUGACUCUGCCAUCGAUAUUGGGACUAAUAACUAUUUAAACUCAUACGCAAGGGCUAAUUUCCCUUAUAAUGGAAUUGAUUUUCCCCACUCUAAAUCAACAGGAAGGUUCAGCAAUGGCUACAAUAUUGGUGAUCAACUAGCAAUGAAGUUUGGGUUCAAGAAGAGUCCACCAGCUUUUCUUGAUCUCUUGAACCACACGACUAUCGAUUUUAAGAAGAAGGUUCAACGAGGUGUGAACUUUGCAUCUGCUGGUGCUGGCAUUCUUGACGAAACUGGAUUCAAAGCAUGGAAUCAAGUAGUAAAACUAUCAGAGCAGAUUCAACAAUUUAGAACAGUCAUAGGAAACAUCACAGUGGUAAAGGGUCCAGAGGCAACAGCUAAGAUUCUAUCAAAAGCAUUUUACAUAUUCUGCCUUGGAUCUAACGAAUUUUUCGAUUAUAUGCGCGCCAAAAGUAACACACCCAAGGAACAGUUGCUGGCUACCAUCCAGUCUGCAUACUAUCUCCACUUAAAGAAUAUAUAUAAUAUGGGUGCUCGGAGAUUUGGGGUGAUAGGAGUUCCACCGAUCGGUUGCUGUCCAUAUGCAAGAGCCAUUAACAUAAAAGAAGGUGGUGGUGAUGUUUGCAUGCCAUUGCUGAAUGACCUUGCUCAAGCUUUCUAUAAUUCAACUCUCACUCUACUACAAGGGUUGAGUUCUGAAUUACCCAACCUAAAGUAUUCAUUUGGAAACGCAUAUGCCAUGACUACGGAUUUGUUUGACAAGUUUCCUAACUUUGGCUUCAAGGACAUCAAGACAGCCUGCUGUGGAUCUGGAAACUAUAAUGGGGAAUACCCAUGCUAUAAACCUAUAAAUCCCAAUCUUUGCAAGAACCGGAGUGAGUACUUGUUUUGGGACAUGUAUCAUCCAUCGCAAGCUGCUUCGCAAUUGCUAGCUGACAGCCUCUAUAAAGGAGACACUAACUAUAUGACUCCAAUGAAUUUUAGUCAGUUGGCUGAGGUUGAAGUUCACAUCUAGCUAUCCUCCGGCUUUCUACUAUAUAUAUGCAUUCUCUAGUUUUACUUCUCUAAAUUCUUACACUUGUAAUAAUGUGUUUCAUGUAAUAUAUGAUCUUACUCUUUGAUGGAAACAAUGUUGCAUCCUAUAUUACAUAUAUUACUGUUUUUUUC